GGUCCCUGGGUCCUGGGGGUGGAGGAGAGAGCUGCCUGCUCCUUUGGUUCGCUCAGUAACGAAUGGGGGGUGUUGCCAGGGCCCCACACCCUGCAGGUGGCCCUGGGCUGCGCGGUGGGGGCGGACAACAGCACCAGCGGCUUCUGGAAAUACGGCUACGACGGCGAGGACCACCUGGAGUUCCGCCCCGAGACCCUGAGCUGGAGAGCGGCGGAGCCCGGGGCCUGGGCCACCAAGAUGGAGUGGGAAGAGAACGCGAUCCGGGCCAGGCAGAACCGGGCCUACCUGGAGAGGCUCUGCCCCGAGCAGCUGGGCCGGCUGCUGGAGCUGGGGGCCGGGG